AUGGAAUAUGAAAAUUUUAGUCGUCAUCUUCGAAAAAAAUAUUAUACACGUGUACAUAUUGCUGAACAAAUUAUUGAUCAACUUAAAUAUAAUAAUCAACAACAAAUAUCAAUGACAUCUGUACAUAAUAAAAAUAUGAUUAAAGCUCAACAAGAAAUAUCUUAUUUGAAUAAAUUUGAAUAUGAUAAACAAAAUUCGAAUGAAAAUAAUAAACAAUUAGAACCUUAUUUUAAUGAAUGUCUCUUAGCUGCAGAACGUAUUAAAAAUAAUCGACGUUCUGAUCGUGAUAGACAAAUUUGUUAUGAAAAUUUUAUUUUAGCACAAAAAUUAGAACGUAUUAAAACACAAUCUGGACAAAAUGCACGAAUAAAUUUAGAAAAAGAUUAUCAAAAUCAUUGUCGAUUAUUAAUAUCAAAAGCUAAUUGUAAUCAUAAUACAAAUAAAUUAAUUAACAAAAGAUUUACUACCAAACAAUUUUUAUUAUCAAACGAAAAAGGUUAA